CAACUCUAUCUGAAUCUGGCUAGGUAAAGGUAAAGGGCUUUUCAUGGAAGAACAUAGGAAAGGGCCACCGUUCAAAUCCAUAGUUUAGUUUAGUUUAGUUGGUGGAGACUGGAGAGGCUCCUCCUUUCUGAUCUCGACUAAUUUCACGGAAGCAUCGCCAUCCCAAAUUAACGCAGCAAACGGCGUGAUUGACCUGUCACAUCACAGCGAAUCGCUUCAGUCUUCACAUGGCCACCGCGCUGUACUCAACAUGCAUUUCAUAAACAAUUCCAUCCGCCCACAAUUCACUGCUUCCGCUUCCAUAAGACUUCUCCGAUUCAGAUCCCAGCGAGCAUUCUAUCGCCGAGAUGCACGCCAAGACGGACUCCGAGGUCACGAGCAGCCUCGCCCUUUCGUCGCCGCCGCGCUCGCCGCGGAGGCCGGUAUACUACGUGCAGAGCCCCUCGCGGGACUCCCACGACGGCGAGAAGACCGCCACCUCCUUCCACUCCACCCCGGCGCUCAGCCCCACCGCCUCGCCGCCUCGGCACUCUCACUCCUCCAUCGGCCCCCACUCGCGCGACUCCUCCUCCAGCCGCUUCUCCGGAUCCAUCAAGCCCGGCGCCCGCGGGCGGAAGAUCGCCGCGGCGGGCUCGGACGUAGCGGACGAGAAGGGGGCGACGCGCGGGGGCCGGAUCGGCAAGCGCAAGGAGUGCGCGACCAUCGAGGAGGAGGGGCUGCUGGAGGAUGAGGAGGAGCAGCGGGGGCUGCCGCGGAGGUGCUACUACUUGGCCUUCGUCCUCGGAUUCGCGGUGCUCUUCUCCUUCUUCGCUCUCAUUCUUUGGGGCGCCAGCAGAUCGCAGAAGCCUCGAGUCACCAUGAAGAGCAUCACGUUUCACAAUUUCAUAAUCCAAGCCGGUACAGACGCGUCGCUGGUCCCCACCGACAUGUCCACCCUCAACUCCACCGUCAGCUUCUCCUUCCGCAACACCGGCUCCUUCUUCGGCGUCCACGUCAGCUCCACUUCCCUCCAGCUAGACUACACCCAGCUCACCCUCGCCACCGGAGACAUGAAGAACUUUUACCAGUCGAGGAAGAGCCAGAGAAACGUGGUGGCGGUGGUGGAAGGGAGAAAGGUGCCUUUGUACGGUGGCGGGCCGAUUCUCACCGGCACAUCAGGACGGCCCAACGGGCCUAACCCAAUCCCUUUGAGCCUCAGCUUCGUGAUCAAAGCCAGGGCUUACGUGCUAGGCCAGCUGGUAAAGCCCAGGUUCCACGUGGGCGUUUACUGCCAGGUCACGAUGGACCCCGCAAAGCUCGGCUCCCCUAUUUCCUUAAAGAACUCUUGCCAGUACGACUGAUAAUGAAGAAGCUAUACAUAUAUAUAAUUUUUUUCCCCUUAAAUUAGUAGCAACUUGAUUUUGAUAAUUUCUCUGUUUUAUAUUUCUUUUUCUAAGCCAAAACAAGUCGAACGCUCUGAAUGUUGGAGUAUAAUAAUUUUUGCUUUGAUUUAUAAAAGUUUUUCUAUUUUUGACUUUCA